CACAAAAUGUUGUAUAACUCUAUGAAACAUAGUCACAUAGUCUUAAAUUUUCCCGGAAGCCAGCUAUUUCUUGUCAUUUAUGGGGCGACCAUAACCAAAUACUUUUCAUUUAGAAUACAUUUGCAAGAAGUAAUGUCUAACAAAUAAUUAUCCUUAAGAUGAAUACUUAAAGUAAACUGAAAUGUUGCCUCUGGCUAAAUUUUUGCUUCACAGGGUUGGGCAUCUAACACGCCAACGUUUCCAGCAAUCAUGCAUUUCACACCCAGACAACACCCAAACGCAUACGACUUACAGCUUAUAAGUAGUAUUUUUGAAGUAGAUCUAUACAUGAGCAUUUUAAAUGCAGUCUAAUAUACAGGUUAUAAGUGGGGUAAUACUUCAUCCAGCGAGGGUACCACAAGGUGAACAAAUUUCGAAAUUACGAAUUUUGAAACAUCCUGGAUCAUCGGAUAUACUUCUGAAAUUUUAGGUAGUGCAAUAUUGAUUUAUUGGUCUCACCUCAGUGUCAUUUAUUUUUGCUUAAUUCAAACAUGAAAUGAUGCCUGACAGUGAGCUUUUGUGCCUGAAUACGUCCCCUAUAAAAUUUUCAAUUUCAAAACAAAUUGCCGAUUAACUAUAAUUGAUAAUUCGCAGCUUUGCGUCGGCUGUGGGAAGUCGCUCUUUGUUAUGGAGUUAGACAAGAAGUAGCGCUGUCACGCGGUUUUGGACUCUCACAUCCUGUGCGGGACGUAUAUGUUUCAGACAAUACCCUACUUUGCCUGUUUAAAUGCUUUAAUUGCGGUUUGGAUAUGCGACGUCUGGUUUUAACACGAGUAUCAACGAAAUUAGGAAGAUAAAAUCGCAUCAACGUAUAAUCAGUAGAAUGUAAUCGUAUCAUAUACACUUGUAGUUUCACAAACGCUGUUGCCCAGAUACGAGAGAGCCAAUAAUAUUUAGACAACUCGGCUAUGCACCCAUAUACGGCUGCAAGCCUUGCAGCGCUGCAGACGCUCCGAGACCAAUCACCGCAGCAGCCAUAAAAGGACUCUGGCAACCUACUUUUGCAAAACCGUUGUGUACAAUUGUGGUCCAUCUAACAAGAAAAGUAACCUCUCUGUAUUGAAAUGCUGUGGAGCUCGCUUUACAAUUACAGCGUUUUUAGUCCUUCGGUUACGUGAACAAUAGCCUGCCUUCCCGUGUCCACGUUUUUCGUGUUCUUAUGUCACGUGGCUGUACAAACCUGUUGUCCUGUCACGCUGCUUUAAGUACACACAUUUGAGUCAGUCUUCUCAAAGUGUUGAUGACCACUUCUACCCUGGUAUGUUGCGUGUCCUGAAAUGUUUCCAGUUUUCUGAUCCGUCUGGCCUGCCGACCUAUCAUUUACUUCGACGUCGUAUAAUAACAUUUCACGUCGCAUACUCGUCUAAUCUGGCACCGUAUUUAUAUAAUUGGGUUCUCAAACAUUUAGAGAUAAAUACCAAAUAGCUGUAUUUGACUUUAGAUUACUUUAGCAGUUAUGCAGUGUCGUGCUGAGGUGAAAUAAAACAAAUUUCAUGUUCUCCCUUCUAAUCUGUAAUUAUGUAACUGCGUGUUAUCGUAAGGGCCCUGUCAGGCCGUGAGAGGUGUGUCUGUAUGUAUGCAGAGAGAGCUCCGUCUUACAGUUACUGUACACGGUUCACCCCUCUGAUUCUGUCCUAAUUUAUAUUUUGAAUUUUGUCGUCCACAUAUAGAUACAUGACAGUACAGUUAUAUAAGUGGAUAAAUAACAAAAUAACAACAACGAAAACAAAAGUAACAAUAAAUAACAAUUUAGCAAAGUAAAACACACUGGACUCUGGGACAGCAUUUUUUUCGGGUGUUUUAAAUUUAUAUUCUAACAUUACGAAGCCGUGAAGUUUGCAGUUAUGAUGACGUACCGCCCAAGUCGAUUGUGUAAUUGUGUAAAUGUGUGCAGUUUCAUUUUUUCAUUCUUCCUUUUGAAAUGAUGUCGAAGAAGCUUAAUUUGUAAAUGGAAAGCAUAAGCUGCUGAUGCAAAAAUAUCACGCGCCUAAAACUAAACACCGCAUUUAACAUUUUAAAUGGAAAGUUAUUUUUUGCGCAGUAUUUUCGGAAAAUAAACGAAAAAUUAUUUAUUUAAAAUUCGAUUAUUAACACGUGAUUUAAAUGUAAUGGGCGCAUUUAUUUGACUGAUUACGCCAAUGUCCCUUCAUUUUAUUUAACACUGUAUACAUUUAAGAAUAAGGCAGUUAAUAAAAGAAAAGAGACCCUUAGUUGCCGUUUUAAAUAUAUUUAUAGACGUAUAAAUAAAAUUGAACUUAGUAUGGGUAUCUUUCCUUAUAAAUAUAGUACGGUUUUAAAGGUCAGUACAGACAGAUUGUGAAAACGCAUACAAGUGACUAAUAUAGCCAAUUCAUAUAACUUAAGACAAAGUCAAUUCAAUUUAGGCAGAAUUCAUUUAGACCGCAAAUUUCUAAUUUAUUUCCAUUUAUCAGGCUGAAAUGUCAACAAUCAAACAAAACGGCAAAGUUAGCGUCUCUUCGGUUUGGAAGUGGUGGAACACACAAUUUUAACCCUUUAAAUAUAGGUCUAUAAUAAUUUGAUAUUAUUGUGCGGUCUACAUGUUAUGUGACAUUCUGUUUCAGUUUCAACAUUCUGAGCCAGCCACAUAUUUAGAUUAGAUGUAUUAUUUAAACUGUAAACACAUUAUUUAUAAUUACUCAGAAAGGCGGGUUUUAUCUGUCCUCUUAUAAAGUAAAUAUCUGUCAAUAUUUAAGAAUUGUUCUCAGUGUUACCGGUAUUUCUAAUAGACUAUACUUUGUGCAUUCUGUAAAAUAUUAUGACGCAAAGCAUUUUUGCUUGUAAUAAAUGACGUUGCGACCGCAGACAGCUAAACCGCAUUGUGUUGUUGAUUUGCUAAUCCAAUAAAUUGCGACUAAUUAUAUUUCGCCUGAAUUAUGUAACCGUAUUAAUCGCAUUGAAAGGAAAAAUGUGUUUUGAAAAGUUUGUUCUGUUAAUAUGUUUCUAGGCAAUAAUAAUGCGAACUUUGUUUUCUGCUCUGAUCUACUCCCGUAAAAACUCAAAUACUGGCUGCCUUCCAGCAUCACGUAAGUGAGAAACACCGCUAUCUUCUGUCCUCCAAACUUAAUGACAAACUAGAUGCGCGUAGGAGAAACAGCUCAGGGUUACGCAAGAAAAUGUGUAUCUAGAUGUUUGUUCUGUCCAAAAGUCCCCGUUAUUUUGGUUCAAGAAGCUUACAUAGCAAUUUGGUUCUUGUAUAUUUACCAAACUCUAUUCUUUGUUUUAUUAACCUGUGUCUAGUUAAGCAGGCCUAGGUAUUUGGUACUUUUGAAUUGCUUCUUGAUUCAAGUUUUACUCAGUCUAUAGCUAAGUACCAAUCAAGCUACAAAUAAUGCACGUAAUAAAAAAAACAGAUUAUUUAAAAUUCCUGUAAUAUAAGGAAAAUUUCACCCUAAUUGCAGACUGUGAACAAUUCACACGUAUUAAUAUUUUUUCAUCUCUGUUGCAUGCAUGUUUGUUCGAUCAAGGCGUCACUUCCCUUUGAUUGAAAGCGCUCGCACUUUAACUCCUCCUCCUCACCGUGCAGCUUCGGUCACGUAGCAAGAUCCCAGCCAAUCAGCUUUGCUAAAACCGUUCCACCGACAGUAGUUCCAUAGCAACGCUGCAAAAAAGUGAUGACGUUUGGGCUGAAAAUUGAGUAUUAUGGUCUGCCUGGACUUAGCUGUGAAUGUGGAGAGAAAAAAUAUAAGCGAGAUUGAAGUAAACAUGGAGCUGUCGGCUGUGGGAGAGAGAGUUUUUGCUGCCGAAUCCAUCAUAAAACGCAGAAUUAGGAGGGGGCGAAUGGAGUACCUGGUGAAAUGGAAAGGUUGGUCUCAAAAGUAUAGCACCUGGGAACCUGAGGAAAACAUCCUGGAUGACCGUCUUUUAGCAGCUUUCAAGGAGAGGGAGCGAGAGAGGGAACUGUUCGGGCCAAAGAAAAGAGGACCUAAACCGGAGACAUUUCUGCUGAAGGCUCAGGCUAAAGCUCAAGCCAAAACCUAUGAAUUCAGGAGCGAUAUGGCACGAGGCAUCCGGGUUUCAUUCCCGGUCCCAGAACCCGUCAUUACCCCGCGAGCUCGCGAGGGUUUACGGACCGUCGUGCCGACAAUAUUCCCUCCUAGCACCGUCAACCGAGGGGAGAGUGUCCGGGUCAGACCUCCGGAACCGGACAGGGGGCAUCGCACCUCUGGAUCGCCAAGGCCGGUUGCGGAGGGAUUUGUUGCUGCCCCAAAGAAAAGGGGACGAAAACCCAAGUUACGGUUCGUGGAGGGUCCCGACAGCAGCGCGUCAGCGGUGCCUGCCAAGAGGAGUAGGAUGGAGGACCAGAUGGCGUAUAACCCGGCCAAAGUAGGAAAGCACGGUAUUCCCGAAGGGCAGAAGUCAGAGCUGCAUGGUCUCCAGUUAAAUCGGAGACUCCAAAGGGAUUCUGGUUAUCCUCUAACGCAAGCACCGGCGGUGCCAAGCAGCAGCAUGUUUAAAUACUGCUCCGAGGUCAGUUCCCAUAAAGGGGGUUUCCACUUGCCGGCCUGCAGGACUAAGGAGUGCGCAGGUGCUAUUUCCACACAGCAGCCAAGACUGAAGCACCUGUCGAAAAAUAAUUUAUAUGAACCCAACAGCCCUUCACAACGGGAGCUGCCGAACCGCGGCACCAAAUCUCCGGUAUCCAGGGUUUUCGAGGCGGCUGUGGAGGAAUGCUGGAGCCCCUGUCCCACCAAGGUGGAGAAGGUGGUGGUGACGGAUGUCACUGCCAACUUUUUGACUGUGACCAUUAAGGAAAGCAGCACAGACAAAGGUUUCUUUAAAGAUAAAAGAUGACUGAUGUAAUCUAUUUUGAUUAUUGGUUUUUUUUUUUGUUUUUGUUUUUUUUAAAGAGAGAUAAACUUCCACAGAGUAAUUAUUUCGAAGUAACGUGUCAUUUGGAAUUAAUUUUGCAUAAGUGUACAGAAGCAGCGCGAGUUAUGUGAACUUAAAUAUGUAAAUGUAGGACAUGUAUUUAAUUAAAUGACCAAAUUAAAUGUCCAUACCUAGGCGAAAUGUACUGCGAAUACCGGUUUUUCGUUAUAGGGUUGCAUGUACCUUACUCUUUUAGCGAUGUGCGAAACUGUAAGUGUGCGCAAAGAACGUUUUAUCCACUGUAGCAAUAUAAGUUGUUUAAAUAUAUAUUUUGGCUUGCAAUUAGUAGGUUAUACUGAACUCCAACCUCUCGGCAUCAUUUACAUAUUUGCUUACAAGGCGCUUCUCAUAACUCACACUUAUUGGACAUUUAAGCACCAAAGGGCCUUUGCAAUGAUUUCAUUUUGAGAGAAAUAAAAUCGCCUUGUUUCCGAUAAGUAUUCAUCUGUUCGAAAAUGCCUGUCAAAAUCGUCCGCGCUGCAUUUCGCAGCGAAUUUUCGGAAAGAGAUUUUUCUUGUUCGAACCGUUGCGGAAGUAAUAAUAAUCCACACUAGGAUGGGUGGAAGCAGUUGCCAAAAAUGUGGUACUAACAGCUGACAAGACUAUGACAGUAUUCGUGCUACAGUCAUUAGUAAUCUUAGUAUGUUGCCAGGUACCUGAAAACUGGCUGCCUUGAUCCUUAAACGUAAAGGUCGCCGUAUCUGACCCCAAUGUACAAAGUAGUUACUAAAGAUGGAUGUAUUGAUGUAAUCGUAGUGAGAUCGUGAGAGAAACUGACGACUUACGUCUAUAGCUCGCCCUCCUGCUGUCUUAAUACUAACUUCUGACAGAUUAUUCGACGAACUGAUAGCACACUGGUGUCUUAUCGUGUUAUGUCGCGAAAUAGCUGUUAAUAUUUAGUAUUUUUAUUGAGUCUGGGUCGGUCGUAAAUUUAUAUAGCCGUUUGGACCGAUGGUGACCGAUAAAUUAGAUUGUGAACUUUGAAAAUUUUGACUUGAUUUGAUUGCUAUUCUUUUAAAAUUAACAUUGCUAUAAAGGACAUGUAAGUUGACCACAGUUUUUGGUAUUUUUCCUCCAUCCAAGUAUGUCAUACUGACAGAUUCCUGGGCUUGUUUACAUAUAACCAAUUAAAUUUUACGGCCUUUGGUAUUGAUGGUUUUUCUAUUGAACAUAUUAAUAGAUUUCUUACUCCGUUUUGGUUAUGAUUUUUGUCCGUAAGCCCUAUUUCUAACACACGUAUCAUGGCGUUGGAUGGUUGUUUUUCCUGCUCGACUCACUGCACUUAAAAUAUUAAUAAUUUAACAAUUACGGUGUAUAAUGGUAUUUCGGUUUUCCUGAUAUUAAAAUAAAGUUGACGAAACAGA